UUGAAAUUUUUCUUCAGUUCAAUUCGGUUCGGAUCAAGAUUCGGUGAAAUUUUUCUCGUUUGUUGUUCUCUCAGAUCGUAUUUUUACCUAAUCGACGUGCUACUUCAUAUCCAUUCUAUGUGUGUGAUAUACAUAUUUUAAGAUACCUAAUCGUGUUCUUGUAAAAAUGAUGCUGUAGUUCUAGUGAUCGUGUAAUCCGCAUAAUAUCUCUUCUGUUAUAAAUUUGCCGCUUAUUUUAUCCAAAAUGAGGUUUACUUGUGCAUUAAGGACAAUUUCAACAUUAUCGAAAAUGAUCGACUUCUAUUCGCAAUUCAGUCCUUCGUCACUUUCCAUCAAGCAGUUCAUCGAUUUCGGUUUGAGUGCCUGUGAAAGAAAAUCAUUCCUGUUUCUAAGGAAAGAGUUACCAGUUCGAUUGGCAAACAUUAUGAAGGAGAUUCUCUUAUUGCCGGAAAAUUUAUUGAAAACUCCGUCGGUAGUUCGAUUGAACGAUUGGUACGCUCAGUCUUUCACCGAAAUAUUAGAAUUUGAGAAAGCAGAUGCUGAUGAUACUGAAACACUCGACAGAUUUUGUAAGUCUUUGGUGAAAAUACGUAACAGACAUGCCGACGUCGUCCAAACCAUGGCUCACGGUGUACUCGAGUUGAAAGAUUCCAACGAAAUUGAUUAUCAAACCGAACACAGUAUACAGUAUUUUCUCGAUCGAUUUUACAUGUCUCGUAUCAGCAUUCGUAUGCUGAUCAAUCAGCACACACUUCUUUUUGGCAAUGAAAUACUCAGUGAUUCUCAAACUAGACAUAUUGGUUGCAUUGAUCCGCAAUGUGAUAUUGUAGCCGUUGUUAAAGAUGCUUACGAUAAUGCUCGACUAUUAUGUGAUCAGUAUUAUUUGAGAUCGCCCGAAUUGACUGUAAAAGAAGUUAAUGCUCUACAACCAAAUGUUCCUGUAAAAAUCGUCUACGUUCCGUCUCAUUUGUAUCAUAUGAUUUUUGAAUUAUUUAAAAACUCAAUGAGAGCCGUAGUCGAACAUCAUGAAGAAGCCGAUGAUCUUCCAGAGAUCAAUGUGUACGUUGUAUGCGGCAAAGAAGACAUUUGCAUCAAGAUCUCAGAUCGUGGUGGAGGUAUUCCGAGAAGUCUUACCGAUCGUUUGUUUACGUACAUGUACUCAACCGCACCGAAACCGGCUGCUUCGGAUAUAAACACCGUACCACUGGCAGGUACGGUGAUGCACAGUUACGGUUACGGAUUACCUAUUUCACGUUUAUAUGCACGUUAUUUCCACGGUGAUUUAUCUUUAUUGUCGUGCGAUGGACUUGGUACAGACGCAAUCAUAUAUUUAAAAGCGUUAUCGAACGAAGCAAAUGAACUUCUACCCAUAUUCAAUAAGAAUUCGACGCGAUACUACCGUACAAUUAUACCGACCGGUGAUUGGAGCGGGAACCGGAGUUUUCAUUCUAAAAUACAUUCGUAAUUCCUACCUGUACCUACCCCGAUUGAAAAUUAAGCCAAAUUUUAUUAUUUUAUUUAAGCUGUAGUCGUAUAAUUAUCAUUUUAUCCUUGUUUUAAAAAAAAAUUCAAUUUUCAACCACCCUAGUCGAUAGUCUGAAUGAAUAUUGUUUUUACUAUGAACUGAAUUUUAAUUUAUACUUUUUUUAAUUGAUUUUUUUUGGAAAAAAAAGUUGUACAUUUAGAAACGGAUUUACCUUACCGAUUAUUAGUUUAUUGUGGGGUAAAAUUCUCCUCGUUGACGUUAUUCAGUUAAUACCUACUUGAGGAAUGACGUGAUAUGAGCAUAACACUGUCGUACAACAUGUCGUACGAUACUCUACCAACCUGUAGGAAAUGACUCGUGUGUUCUUGGAGCUGGCCUCCUGUUUGGAAACUUUCGUUUUAAUCGUUAGUUGGUACUAUUUUCUUUUGUAUUUAUUUUAUUUACUUAUUUAUUGGAGUAUACGAUUGCUUAUCAAUACGAGCUCUUGUUGUAACUUAAAUUAUACAGGGUAUUUGGUAAAUGCGUUUCUGUGUGUAUGUGAUAGCAGUUACCAGUCGAAAUGGCGAUGUGGAGUACCUAUAGAUCGUGUUUGUGAACCUUUUUUAAAAAAUUAAUUCGAGAAUCAUUUUGCUUUCAUGAAAUGUUUAUGUGGUGUGUUCUGUGUAGAUAUUUUUUUGAUAAACUAUUGUAUGGAAUUUAAUUGAAGUUCGCAUCACUGGUUGUAUAGUUUGUGUUACUUAAUUAUUUAUGUUUCCGAUUUGUGAUGUGAUUUUUGCAAAACUUUCCGAAAUAUAUGAAUAUGUGUGUUGA